GCCAAGCGAUGGAUCAAAAACCUCUCACCGUCAUUGCUACCAAAGGACGACUUCCAGGUGUCGUUUAGCAGGUCAUCGGGCCCCGGUGGCCAAAAGGUCAACAAGACCAGUUCCAAGGCCACUGUGGUAUUGCCACAGUGGCACGCAAAGAUGUGGAUUCCUCAAGAGAUCAAGCGACAGAUGGUGGAGCAUAAGUACCGCUACAUCACCAAGAGAGGCGAUAUCGUGAUCCAGAACGAUACUCUACGGUCGAGGGACCAGAAUGAGCAGCUGUGCUACGACAAGUUCUGCAACGAGCUACGGAGGCUGGUGACGUUCCCGGGCGAAGUGAGCGAAGAGGACAGGCAGAAGUGGGUUCAGGUGAGGAAAAGGACUAACGAACAGAGACUACACGACAAGAAGCGCCGUUCCAUGAAGAAGGAAUCAAAG